GUGUGCGUGUGUGUGUAUAAGCAAAACGAGUGCAAUUGAUUUUCAUAUAUAUUACUCGCUACUCGGCAUCGCAAACGGACUCGAACUCGCACUCGCACUCGCACUCGAACUUGGACUCGGACUCGGACUCGGAUUUGGAACUGGCGAGCCGCUAAUCGAGUGAUACCGCAUCUCGUUGGCGUACAUAAACAAACUCAAUACAAUACUGAAAAACUCAAAACAAAACGGGCGAAACAUAAACAAACACUAUUCAAAAUCCGUGGCAGAUCGAAUCAAGCGAGCUGCAGAAUCGAAAAGUAUGUCGGCAGCCGGAGAUGCGAGCGCCGGUGCCGCGAAUGCUAGCAACAACGUCGCCGUCGUCCAGGCAACGGUCAGCGUGAGCGGCAACAUUAGUGUGGGCGACGGCAGCCCCAACAACAACAACAGCAACAACAACACAAACGGCAACACGAACGGCAACAGCAACAACAAUGGCUCGACGGCGGGCAGCUCGAAGGGGCAACUGCCGCUGACGCCACGCUUCACUGCCGAGGAGAAGGACGUGCUCUACACACUGUUCCAUCUGCACGAGGAGGUCAUCGACAUCAAGCACAGAAAGAAGCAGCGCAACAAGUACUCCGUCCGCGACACCUGGGACAAGAUUGUGCGCGACUUCAAUUCGCAUCCGCAUGUCAGCGCCAUGCGCAACAUCAAGCAAAUACAAAAGUUCUGGCUGAAUUCCCGUCUGCGCAAACAAUAUCCAUAUCGGGAUGGCAGCGCCUCGGGCGGCAGCGCAGCGCUGGGCAAGGUGGGCACCGUCUCGGCCAGCGCCCAGCAGCAGCAGCAACAACAGCAGCAGCAGCAACAGCAGCAGCAGCAUCACGACAGCGUCAAGGUGGAGCCGGAGUAUCAAAUCAGUCCCGAGGCGUCCGAGCAUAAUCCGCAGGGCGAGCCCUUCGACGAGAUCGAAAUGGAUGGCAACGAUGUCAGCGAAAUGGAGGACGAUCCGCUCGAGGCACAGCAGCAACAACAACAGCAGCAACAACAGCAGCAACAGGCGGCGGCACAGGCCCAAGCCGAGGCGCAGCAGCAGCAGCAAUCGGCGGUCGCCGAGAUGCAGAAGCUGCAGGUAAGCGCCGCCGUGGCAGCGGCCAAUGCGAGCAUGUUGAACACGCAUCGCAUCAACGUGGACUCGAUCAGUGCGGAGAAGCUGACGCUCAACGAUCUGCUGCACUUCAAGCCGGCGCGACAGCGCGACGAGAUCAUACUGCAAAUCAAGCAUCCCACAGAUGCCACAGCCACACAGAUACACACGAUACCCGCACAGCCGCAGCAGCACACGAUGGCGACGAUCACGGCUGGCGGCUACAAUCAGCAGAUCAUAAGCGAGAUCAAGCCGCAGCAGAUCACGCUGGCCCAGUACCAGGCGCAGCAGCAUCAGCAGGCCCAGGCCCAAGCUCAGGCCCAGGCACAGGCACAGCAAUUGGCGCAGCAGCAGCUGGCGGCACAGCAGCAACAGUUGGCCGUGGCGGCAGCUGCGGCGCAUCAACAGCAGCAACAGCAACAGGCAGCCGCUGCUGUACAGCAACAGGCUGCCGCAGCAGCAGCUGCUGUCAAGAUGCAGCUGACCGGCGGCACGCCCACCUUCACAUUCAGCGCACUGCCCACGGUGACGGCGGCCACAUCUGUGCCUGUGACCGUGCCUGUGCCGGUCACCGUGCCGGUCACCGUGCCGGUGACCGCUGCCCCGGCGGCUGUAUCAAAUGUGAGCGUAAGCGGCGCUGGAACGCUGCCAACGGGCGCCCAACAGCAGCUGCAGCUGCAACAACAACAGCAGCAGCAGCAGCAACAGCACCAGCAGCAGCAGGCGGGCGAUAGCUACGAGGAGCGUAUCAACUACUUCAAGGUGAAGGAGGCGGAGCUGCGCUGCAAGGAGCAGCAGCUGGCCACCGAGGCCAAGAAGAUUGAGCUGAACAAGGCGCAGGAUGAGCUCAAGUAUAUGCGCGAGGUGCAUCGCCUGCGCGUCGAGGAGCUCAAAAUGAAGAUACGCAUACUGCAGAAGGAGGAGGAGCAGCUGCAAAAAUGUUCCAGCACAUGAGAUCUGGAGGAUAUAAGCGAUGCGGAGGCGGAAGCGGACGCCGAUCCGGACGUCGAUCCGGAUGCGGACACGGAUACGGAGGUGGAGGUUGACAUGGAAAUGGAGCACGCCGAAAGGACGGCGCAGGCAGCGCAGGAUGCGUACAUGGAUUUGGAUAUGCAAUUGCUGCUCUAACCCGGAUGCAGCUGGUUACCCAUA